CUUGGCAAAUGCCCGAGAAUCAUCUGAAGCCCUCGGUACACUUUCUUGGGGAUAUUCUUUUACACCGCCACCGGAGCAGCAACUGCGCAAUCCAAGUGCAAGGUGGUUCCUUUUGCUGCAGAGGGCAGUGCUGCGUAUCAUGAGUAUAGUUUGCCAAAAGCAAUGCGAAGGAGGCGUGUAAACAAGGGCCGCAACCUGGCAUCUGGAAAUGUCCAAGAGUAAUUCCUGAAUGAUGGUUUCUUUCAAGACAGUUUGGCAGUUCGGUAUUUUGUCUUUGUCAUUCUUUUGCUUUGCUUCGUGGAAAAGUUCCAAUGUAGGGGUGAAAGGGCUGUUGCUGCUGGUUGGCAGAGGCCUCUUAGUCCUGGGUCUCGUCAGCUGGCUGGUCUCGGUUGUGGCCCCGAGGAUCAGCUCACUGGCACUGCGUCCUCCAAGGAGUUUUCCUGAAGCUCCUGAAGAUGAAGUUGAGCAGAAACGAAAGCUGGCAAGAAGAGAGCAGCAGGAUAAAUACAGCCAGAAUGCGUCGACGUACCAGGAAAACGUACUGAAACCUCGGCAAGAGACUAAAUUCAGGAAAAAGGAAGAGCAUUUCUACAGGAUGACAGGGGAGGCCUGGAAACUGUCGGAGGGAUAUGCACUUGGGGUGGACCAAGACUCUGAGGAAGGGGCAGUCCUUGGUGAGGAAGACUUCACUUCUGAAUCCCCCAACCAGGAGGCUGUGAGGAGAAGGAAGCUGCCAGAGAGCGCCACACGACCCCCACCGCCUCUAGAACCAUCCAGGCAGAAGAGGAUCAUUGUAUUACCUGAGGAGCCAUCAAAUGAUGUUGAUGGGGUGGUUACAAUUGCCCUCAGAUGUCCAAGUGGAAGGAUUUUCAAAAGAAGGUUUCUUAAGUCACACAGUACCCAAGUACUGCUGGACUGGAUGUUAAAGAUAGGAUAUCACCCUGCCAUUUACAUUGUCUGUACAACAUAUCCUAGAAGACCUCUUGAGAUUGGAAAGGAGACAAGUCUGGAAGAUACUGGAAUUACAAGCGAUACCGUAUUGAACGUGGAGGAAAAAGACCCCUCUACUUAAAUACCAAAUCCCAAAGCUGGAUAUGUUACAUAUUUCUGAAGCAAUAAAUAAAUUCACUGCAA